CAACGUCUGGGCGCACGACGAGGAGACACUCCGUGUGCAGCGCCUCGUCGGCCGCGCCGGCAGAUCGCUCGGCCUGCUCCCUCUCCCCGAGGCGAUGCCGCGCGAGGGUGCGGCUGCCGUGCUCGAGCGCGCGUGCGUGUCGCUGGCCGUGGCGGUCUUCUUUGGCGGCGAGGCGGAGAAGGAGGAGGAGGCGGAGGAGGCGGAGGCGGAGGCGGAGGCGGGGCCGGCGGUGGCGGCGGAGAAGGAGAAGGCGGGAGAGGCGGGCGGGGCGGAGGCGGUGGAGGCGGCGCGGCGAUGGCUCCACUCUCGCAUGGUGAGUCGGUGGCGCAGCGUCUCGGCGCGGUACGCGCGGCCGAUGCGCAAGCUCCGCCGCUUCUGCGCGCUGGGCGAGGCGGCCGCCGCACGGGGGCGCAUCGCGAGUGCGCACUGGCCCGCCGACGCGGCAGCCGGCGAGCGCGUGGCGAGGGCGGCGGCGGCGCUGCGCGCCUUAGCGCACGUUGGCGGGGACGUGCUCGAGACGCCGAACUUGGUUGAGCAGGCGGCGCUGGACGUAUUGGGCGACGCGAGAACGGCGGGCUCGUUCCUGACGCACUGUUUUGCAUAGAGAUAGACACCGCGCACGGAGAGAGAGACAGUCCGAUUGACCAUGUCACCCAGUGGGUUGGUGACUUCGUGUGUGAUCACACCCCGGCAUCAUUUAUACAGUACAGUCCUACAGUUUCUUACAAC